CGGGCUCUGGGGGCCAUGGGCUCUGAGAAGGACUCCGAGUCGCCGCGCUCUACAUCUCUACACGCGGCCGCGCCCGACCCCAAGUGCCGCAGCGGCGGCCGGCGCCGGCGCCUCACCUUCCACAGUGUCUUCUCCGCCUCGGCCCGCGGCCGCCGCGCCCGGGCCAAGCCGCAGGCCGAGCCGCCGCCCCCGGCCGCCCCGCCGCCGCCCGCCCCGGUCCCGGCCGCGGCCCAGGCCCCGCCGCCCGAGGCGCUGCCCGCGGAGCCGGCAGCCGAGGCGGAGGCGGAGGCCGCGGCGGCGGCGGCGGCGGCGGCGGCGGCGGCCGGGCCGGGGUUCGACGAUGAGGAGGCGGCGGAGGGCGGCGGCUCGGGCCCGGAGGAGGUGGAGUGCCCGCUCUGCCUGGUGCGGCUGCCUCCCGAGCGGGCCCCGCGCCUCCUCAGUUGCCCGCACCGCUCGUGCCGGGACUGCCUCCGCCACUACCUGCGCCUGGAGAUCAGCGAGAGCCGGGUGCCCAUCAGCUGCCCCGAGUGCAGCGAGCGACUCAACCCGCACGACAUCCGCCUGCUGCUCGCCGACCCCCCGCUCAUGCACAAGUACGAGGAGUUCAUGCUGCGCCGCUACCUGGCCUCGGACCCCGACUGCCGCUGGUGCCCGGCCCCGGACUGCGGUUAUGCUGUUAUUGCCUAUGGCUGUGCCAGCUGCCCAAAGCUGACCUGUGAGAGGGAAGGCUGCCAAACAGAGUUCUGCUACCACUGCAAACAAAUAUGGCAUCCAAAUCAGACAUGCGAUAUGGCCCGUCAACAGAGGGCACAGACUUUGCGAGUACGGACCAAGCACACUUCAGGUCUCAGUUAUGGACAAGAAUCUGGACCAGCAGAUGACAUCAAGCCAUGCCCACGAUGUAGCGCUUACAUUAUCAAGAUGAAUGAUGGAAGCUGUAAUCAUAUGACCUGUGCAGUGUGUGGCUGUGAAUUCUGUUGGCUUUGCAUGAAAGAGAUCUCAGACUUGCAUUACCUCAGCCCCUCUGGCUGCACAUUCUGGGGCAAGAAGCCGUGGAGCCGUAAGAAGAAAAUUCUUUGGCAGCUGGGAACACUGAUUGGUGCUCCAGUGGGGAUUUCCCUCAUUGCUGGCAUUGCCAUUCCUGCCAUGGUCAUCGGCAUUCCUGUUUAUGUUGGCAGGAAGAUACACAGCAGAUAUGAAGGAAGGAAAACCUCCAAACAUAAGAGGAAUUUGGCUAUCACAGGAGGAGUGACUUUGUCAGUCAUUGCAUCCCCAGUUAUUGCUGCGGUUAGUGUGGGUAUUGGUGUCCCCAUUAUGCUGGCUUAUGUGUAUGGGGUUGUGCCCAUUUCUCUCUGUCGUGGAGGUGGCUGUGGAGUUAGCACGGCCAACGGAAAGGGGGUGAAAAUUGAAUUUGAUGAAGAUGAUGGUCCAAUCACAGUGGCCGAUGCCUGGCGAGCCCUCAAGAAUCCCAGCAUUGGGGAAAGCAGCAUUGAAGGUCUGACUAGUGUAUUGAGCACAAGUGGAAGCCCUACAGAUGGACUCAGUGUUAUGCAGGGUCCAUACAGCGAAACAGCCAGCUUUGCAGCCCUCUCAGGGGGCACUCUGAGUGGUGGCAUUCUUUCCAGUGGCAAGGGAAAAUAUAGCAGGUUAGAAGUCCAAGCCGAUGUCCAAAAGGAAAUUUUCCCCAAAGACACAGCCAGUCUUGGUGCAAUUAGUGACAACGCAAGUACUCGUGCUAUGGCCGGUUCCAUAAUCAGUUCCUACAACCCACAGGACAGAGAAUGCAACAAUAUGGAAAUCCAAGUGGACAUUGAAGCCAAACCGAGCCACUAUCAGCUGGUGAGUGGAAGCAGCACAGAGGACUCGCUCCAUGUUCAUGCUCAGAUGGCAGAGAAUGAAGAAGAAGGUAGUGGUCGUGGUGGCAGUGGCAGCAAUGAAGAGGAUCCUUCCUGCAAACACCAAAGCUGUGAACAGAAAGACUGCCUGGCCAGCAAAGUUUGGGAUAUCAGCCUGGCCCAGCCUGAGAGUAUCCGUAGUGACCUGGAGAGCUCUGAUACACAGUCAGACGAUGUGCCAGACAUCACCUCAGAUGAGUGUGGCUCCCCUCGCUCCCAUACGGCAGCCUGCCCCUCGACUCCCAGAGCCCCAGGUGCACCGAGCCCAAGUGCCCAUAUGAACCUCUCUGCCCCAGCCGAGGGGAAGACUAUCUUGAAGCCAGAAGGUGCAGAAGCCAGAGUAUGAAGUGGAAUGAAUGCUGUUCUGAGAAGCACACUUGUUAUGCCUGCUCCUUGUCUUCCUGGCCUGUGCUUUACCACAAUGAAGAGGAGUCUGGACAACAACUUGGAAGAUGAUUAUCUCUUGGGCACUGCAGCUAGAUUUAGCACAUUUCCCUGUGCCUGGAACAGGAAAUGCUCUUGGUGGACUUAAGGUCUCUGGAAGAAAGUGCCCUAAUGUCCUUGUGUGAAAAGGGGGACCUGUUGGAAAAGGGGGCAGACAGUCUGGAAAUCUCUGAAAUGCAAAUAAUCAACUCAAGAUUGCAAUUCUCUUGAAGCCUCACCAGAUAGCAGUUAACUUGGAUAAAAUCGAAGAAGUCUUUGGAGGGGCAAGAGUUGGCAGCCAAACCUGUGUUGUUAUCUGGGUUCCACGUCUUCCCACUGUGAGACUUGGGCAGUUGCCUCUGAGUCUGCUUUCACUUAGGCAACAUGGGGAAAACAAUCCUUAACUGUGGUCGUAAAGAUUGAGUGAGAUGUUGUACUGAAAUGCUUUUGGUAAAGACCCAUGUUUUUUCCUCCUGCAGGAAUGAGAAAAAGUAAGGGGAGAUGAUGGGUGUCAUCUAAGGGAAAAAAAACAACAGAACUCUACACCAGAGGCUAUGAAAAACUAAGCUUACUCUAAUCCUUUGUAACACUCCUGUUGUAGUCCUGUUGUAGAUCCUAGACAUUAGCUGAUGAAAAGGCCCUUCGGCGCCACCUGGACAAGAACAUGAGUAAUGCGUUGGAAAAGUUAGUUCUCCCUUUAAAAUAUGGUGAAAGUUUAACUUC